AUGGCUGACACGCCGGCCUCUCCUACUCAUCCUCCGUCCGAAGAAGGAAACACCACACUCAAGCGCCUUCCGAGCGGCACCUCCGCAUCAACCGACAUCGUAGAGAUCUCCGAAGACGAAGAAAGCGACUCCAGCAUUCCUCUUCUCCACAAACGUCGUCGCAUGUCGCAGGCUUACCGGCCCACACAAUACGAACUUCCCCCAGUUCCGGCUCGGACGACGUUCUUACGCCGCCACGUCCCCUUCCCCGCUUCCGACAACGCCCCUCGCGGAAUCGCUGGCCUUGCUGCCGCUCCGGAUUUCCGCUCUUCUGGCUCCACACGCCUCCGCUUCUCCGACUACAUUCGGGACAGCGCCCCGCUUCCUUUGGCUGGUGCUCAUCGUGCGUCGACGGAGUCUGAAGUCAGGAGCUUGAAGGAGCUGGUCGCUGCUCUUGAGCGCACUGUGGUGGGCAUGAAAACCGAGUUUUCCCUUCUUCGGGAUGCGAUGUAUGCGGCCGUUAGCGCUUUGGAGCGAGAGGAGACAAACACAGACAGACGGGUUACAGCCUUACAGAGAUCUGUGGAGGGUGCGGUCAAGAGGGUUGCGAAGUUGGAGUCUUCCGUAAAGGGUACUGGCCUGAGAUGCUCCAAAUUAGGAUCAUCUGUGGUGGGCACGGAAGAAAGGGACUUUGCGGUUGAAAAGAAUCUCUAG